AUGGCACCAAGAAAGCUCUCCAAGCAAUCGACCUUCAACUCCGUCGCCUCAUCCUCAACAACCUCUUCCACUACCCAAAUCCCUUCGAUCCUAACUGACGGCCAACCGCUCCCGACUGUCGUCGUUUUCGACCUCGACUACACCUUGUGGCCUUUCUGGGUGGACACGCACGUGUCUGGGAGCAAACUCGAGCCCAACGACUCCGCCAGCGCCUGCACCGAUAAGAACGGCGAGUCCUUCGCCUUGUACCCGGACAUCCCCUCCGUGUUGCACGGCCUCAGCCUCUCGGGCAUAAAGCUCGGCGUUGCAAGUCGCACGACUAGGGACGACCUGGCCAAGAAGAUGUUGAAUACUCUGUAUAUCCCGCCUGCAUCUAAGAAGGACGGGAAGAAGAAAAAGGCGUGGGAGUUCUUCACGGAGGUGGGAUUGGAGAUGUACCCGGGAACCAAGAUACGGCAUUUCCAGGCGCUGCAGAAGAGGACAGGUGUUGCGUAUCCAGAAAUGCUGUUCUUUGAUGACGAGCCGGAUAAUCGCGAUGUGGAAACUCUGGGGGUCACGAUGCGGCUUGUGAGGGAUGGGGUUACGUGGCAUGAGGUUGAGGAAGGUAUUAAGGAGUGGAGGCGCCGGAGACGCCUUUGA